GCUAAAAAAAUGACAGAGGACAAAGAGAGGCUGAUUGCAACCUCAGAAGUCAAGGUUUACAGAAGAAGAUGGUAUAUCCUAGCAGUGUUCUCUCUUCUGGCAUUGUACCAAUGUACUGUAUGGAACACAUGGGGACCAAUUGUCAACACGGUUGAGCUUGUUUUUCCAUCCUGGUCUGACUCAACUGUAUCACUAAUGGCAAACUGGGGACCCAUCUCCUUCUUAGUCUUCCUGCUUCCAACCCUGUAUAUUUCAGAGCUAAAUCUCAGACUUGCCAUAGUGUUAAGCAGUGGACUGGUCUUUUUCGGGUCAGGAGUUAGGUGUAUGUUUGUGCUCUUCCCCGGGUUAUCUGAACCUGUGUUUACAGGCCUUUGUCACUUGGGCGCUAUUUUAAACGGGAUUCCAGGCAUUGUUGUUACAUCAAUACCUCCUGCCAUUUCUGCAACUUGGUUUCCACCAGAGGAAAGAGUUACUGCAACAUCUAUCAGCCAGAUGUUAAACAACAUAGGGACAGCUGUUUCAUUUAUCAUGGCAACUGUGAUUGUGCCAGAAACACCAAGUAGUAGUUCUGGAAGUGAUGGUUCUAACUCUUCAUGUCAUACGCAGGGUGUGUCAAGCGAUUUGACUCUAACAGAUUUAGAAGUGAAUACUAUAAAGAAGGAUGUUGAACACUACCUAUUGAUUUUAAUGGUUCCAGCUGCGGUUAUCUUUAGCUUCUCCAUCAUUUAUUUUCCCUGUAAGCCACCACAACCUCCCAGUCUGAGUUCAACUCAUCAACGUCUAUCUUUUGUGUCCGGUGUGUGGGAACUGGUUAAAACACCGGCAGCUUGGAUAAUUGCAUUAGUCUGGGCUAUACCUCAGGCAAUCUGGAACAAUUGGUGUGCAAUGAUGGUCAUAAGUCUAACUAAGAUCGGAGAAGGAGAUGAAUGCCUGACAGAGAAGUGGGUCAAUAUACUUGGUAUUGUUGCAAUCCUUGUUGGAACAGUCAUUGCUAUUUUGGUUGGAAUGUUGACAGACAAAAUCAAGGGCUUCAUGAAAGUAACUAUUUUUGCUUUGCUAACAAUAGGCGGAAUACUGUUUACUCUUCUGUCUCUUGUCUCCAUUCAGGCCAUUGUUUUACCAACAAUGCAAUCACUAAAGAUCACUGUGUACUCCCUUCUCCUACUUGGGAACAGCAUGGUGGUCUCCACCUCCCCUCUCUGUAUGGAGUUUGCUGUGGAGAAACUAUAUCCAGUACCUGAGGGAAUCGUUGGUGGUUGGUUGAAUAUUUGGUACAACAUCAUCAGUGUUAUAUUCCUCUGCAUCUUCAAUAUUCCUGGAGUUGGUACUGAAUGGUUAAAUUAUGUUCUUCCUUUCUCUUGCUUUUCAGUUCUUCCACUUUUACUACUUGUUAAGGAGGAAUAUAGAAGAAGAGGUGUAGAUGAGGGUAUGGACGAGGUAGAUACUGGAAGACAAGAACCUGGAAUCCAAGUGAUCAGCACAGAAGCUCUCAGUCAAACAUUAAUUCUUUAAAGAACUCAGAUGUAUUAAGCAAUAGGACUAAAAUUAAGAAAGUCAGCAAGCAAAUCCUCUACAACAUAGUAUAAAAUGAAGAAGUUAAAUAUAUGUAACAGACAAAAUAUAUUGAUUCAAAGAUAAA